AAGAAGGGAGCCAAAAAGGCGUUCGCAGCAUCGUCGCUCGUUCUGCGAAGAGGAACCCACGCACUAGAGACAGGAAGCAACGGGAGUGCGCGGUCAAGAUUGGGAAAUACCGCCUCUGCGCGCGCGCGAAGUGCAGGGCUCUGUGCAGGAGACGGACGGAUCCGUUGUUCACCUCCCAAAAUGGAUUUUGCAAGGGGCUGAGCUCUCCCUCCCCCCAUUCCUGGGCUGCCCCCUUUCCAGUUUUCGAUACUCCCCUCGGGACAGCUUGCACGUGGGGAGACGUUCUUUCUAGAAAGCCACAAUGUCACCUGAUGAAGUCAUCUACUUGGCGGUGCUUCUCGUCUCCAUCCCCAUUGGCUUCUUCUUCAAGAAAGGGGGGCUGAAGCUCAAGCAGUAUGGGGGAGCGGCUGUCGGGCUUGCGCUCACGCUGGCCACCUGCCAUAUUCACAUCCUCCACUCACUCAUCACCAUCCUGGGGACAUGGCUUAUUAUCAACAUCCUGCCACGGUCUUGCCACUACCUGACGCUUGCAUGGACCUUUUCCUACCUGCUCUUUUUCCGCACAGUCACCUACUUUGACCUUCCAGAGCCAACACCUUUCUCCAACGCUGUGCAGCUUUUGCUCACUCUCAAGAUGGUGAGCUUAGCCAACGAGGUGCAAGAAUUCAUGCAGGCGAAGAAACAGGAAGUGACAUCAUUUGCCAAGUCUGCCUUGAUUGGCGUGAUCCCCAAAAUGCCCGGACUGGUGGAGAUAUUGUGCUACAGUUAUUGCUAUGUGGGGCUCAUGACAGGCCCGUUUUAUCGCUACCGCACUCACCACGAUUGGCUGAACCAGCCCAAUUCCUUGCUCAUCCCCAGUUGGCAACCGCUACUUUCCAGAUCGAAAAUGAUCCCCAUUUUUGGGGCCCUUUUCCUGCUGGUCUCUCACUACUUCCCCCUCAAUGACGUCCGCAGCGAUGCCUUCUAUGAACGAGGAUUUCUUUUCCGCCUCUUCUACAUGGUUCCCGUUUUCUUUGUCUUCCGCAUGCGCUUCUAUGUCGCUUGGCUGUGUGCCGAAUGUGCCUGCAUCUCUGCAGCCUUCGGUGCUUACCCAGCCAGCGCCAAAUCGCGACCCGGCGGGGGACCCACAGUGGAGUACGAGCCGCUCAGCACCAGAUCAGCCAAUGGGGACGCAUCCAGCAUUGCCUACGAUUAUGAAACAAUCAAGAAUAUUGAUCCCCAUGGCACAGACUUUUGUGUCAAGGUGAAGGAUGGCAUGCGCUAUUGGAACAUGAGUGUCCAGUGGUGGCUGGCACAGUACAUCUACAAAAGCGCCCCCGUCCGCUCCUACGUUAUGAGGAGUGCCUGGACAAUGCUUAUCUCUGCCUACUGGCACGGGAUUCAUCCUGGCUACUACCUCAGCUUCCUGACCAUCCCCCUGUGCCUCGCCUCCGAAGGCGCAAUGGAAAGCGGCCUCUUGAAACACCUCUCCCCUUCUGGCCGUCUCUAUGGCGACUGGGCGCAGUGGUUCCUGAAGAUGAGGGCCUACGAUUACAUGUGCAUGGGUUUUGUGCUGCUCACCUUUGAGGACACGAUUCGCUACUGGAGCUCCAUCUACUACUGCAUCCAUGUGGCAGCACUGGGGUUCUUCCUGCUGGGCAAGAUGCUGGGGGUCCAGAGGGAGCGCGGCUCCCCCAAAGGCAAAGAGGGAGCAGUGGAAAACCCCCAGCGGCGAGAAUGACACGGGCAGUGCAAAGUCAGCAGAAGCCCUGUGGUGCUGGCUACUUCUGUAGUCCCUGAAACCUGGGGACCAUCCUUGUCAUUUUUGAUAUGUUUCAUUACUGAAACCAGAAUCCAGGAUCUGGGAGUGGGACCUCCAGAUUCUAAUUCUUCACCUGUGCCCAGACCAGAGGUCUUAUGAACCCUCACGAUACUGAUAAGUCACUCCCCACCAGUUUAUCCUCAGGGGAGAAAAACCCAAACAUGUUAACUUUUAAAUCCUUCCCCGGCCGAUUUCCCAUCCAGCUUCCAUUUUGCUCCCAGAAGCUCACAAGUCUAAUUCAUAGCAUCUUGCUACUCUUAAGCUUGUUUCUCUUCCUACCACCCACCCCAAAUAUAAAAUUGCAGUAAUCUUACAGAAAAACUGGGAUUUUGCAAUAAAGAGCUGAUCUCUCUUACUUGUCAGCUUCCAACAAGUUCCUGGCUGGCAAUUGUUUUAAAAAAGCCAGAGUUGUAGCCCUUUAAAUUACAUGGAUUUUUUGCAUAAGGAGGGGUUGCUUCUGGCUGGUAGGAAGACAGUUGGAUGAAAAUUGUGUGAAAAAGCCAGGGUACUCGACCGUGUAUUCGGGCACACAAAAACAGCCCAUCACCAAGUCCUGGAUCAGUGCACUGCCCUCGCCACACACAUACCCCACGUGUGCGUGAGAUUCAGGGAGAUGAAAGGCCCUUCUGGACCUGGGAACUGGCACAGAAAAGGAAUGAUGCAACUUAUGAAGCAGUGAAGUGAUGUUCCACACACAGAGACUGCAACUUUUAAACAUUUUAGAUGCUUCAGGGAUGGACAUCAGUUAUAGGAAACUGAUUCAAAGUCAGUAUAUCAUCCAUGACAUUUGUGUUAAUAGACAGCAAAAUCCUCUUUUAGGACACACAGUCUCUAGUCUUAGAGGCCUCAAAAAAAAAGGGGGGGUUAUAUUGCAGAACCCAAAAACGAUUGUAAUUUUGCCUGCCUCAAGCUCUUCAUCCCCUAAGGAAGGUGUGUCAUGAAACAGCUUGUUUAUAAACAUUCUUUUUAGUUUAGUCUGCUGUAGCAUUACUGGAAAGCCUGACUGGAGAAAUAAAAGUUUGUGUUUUGUUUUGUUUUUUUAA